GAAAGAGCUCACGAGUUGUUGUGGCGCGUGAAAGGGCUGUCAACAAAUUACAUAGUUACCAAGGUCAUAAUGGCUGACAGUGCCGAUGUUACACCUACCGUGAACAGCCUGCCUCCUGAAAAAGAGGAGCAGGGAGAAGGUGGAGGAGGCUUAAAGAUGAAUGAAGGUGGUGGAUUGACUGAUGCCCAGACAGAUGUGUUGGAGAGAUGUCUUCAUGCGCUCAAGCAUGCUAAAAAUGACAGUCACACAUUAGCUGCUCUCCUGCUGAUAACUCGCUUGUGCCCAGCAAGCCAGCUCGACAAACCCACCUUAAGGCGUAUCUUCGAGGCCGUUAGCCUGACCCUUCCAGCUCGGCUUUUGGUGACAGCAAUCAGAGGGAAUGACAACUCCGGCUUACCCCCACACGAACUCCUUUCACUGGGCACGGCUCUGUUGGCUGCCCUGAGCACAGACCCAGACAUGGCCUCCCAUCCCCAACUCCUCACCACCAUCCCACUCCUGCUGGGCAUUUUAGCAAAUGGUCCUGUGAGCCAGCAGCAACGGGAACAGAACCAAGCUGGAGAGAUGGGGCAGAGUCCAGAUAGUAAAGUCCAAUCAGCAGAGAGUGCAAACACACAAAGUACUCCUGCCAGUGUGACAGAAUCAGCAGGAGAGGGCAAGACCUGUAAGCAAAAAUGUGGUGACGGCAGAGAAGCAAACAAAGAAUCAGCAUCUCAAGAAAACUCCCUCUCCUCCAAGGUUGAUGAAGCCAUGGCUGCUGACUGCUACCAGAUUCUCACAGCUGUGUGUGCCUUACCCAGAGGUCCUGACCAGCUGCUGAACAGGGGUGCCAUACCUACUCUGUGCAGAGCAGUGGAACAAAACCAGACUUUGAGCCAAGAGAAGGGGCUUGCCUUGCUUGGUUGCCUCCUCUCAGGUAAAAUGAAGGACAAAGUGUGGAGUAAACACCCUGUAGAACUCCUCAGUCUGCUGAUCAGGCUCUCCAAAGACUUCUGCGAAGCCAGAGACCAGACCAGGCUGGACAUGUGUGCCCAGUUGGUUCAGUUUCUCCCCCCAGUAGGCACGUCAGCAGAGUGUGAGGAGCUGAAGGGAGUCGUGGCCCGUAUAUGGGGCGCACUGAGACCCGUGGUUCAGUCUAAGUUGAGACCAAGAGAGAUCGGACCAGUCCUGGUCCUCAGUGCUUGUCUGCUGGAUUUGUGUGGAUGGGAGCUGGUGGGUCCGCCAAAGUUCUGCUGCCUACUAGUGAACAGGGCCUGUGUGGAGGUCAGAAUGGGUUUGGAGGAACCGCCUGGUAACGAACUGAGCCCAGAGCUGCAGCACACACUCACAGGCUGUUACCGAAUCAUGGAGGCUGCCAUAGAGCAGGCCUGCUGUCUGGGAGUGUCUCAGACCACUGCACCUCCUCAGAGCUCCAUCGCUUCACUCAGUCUGCAGCAGAGCAGGCAGGUCCUCGGGGUGUUGGAGGAGGCCUUCUCUGCUCUAAUGUACCACCUGCAGCAGGUGGAUCCAAGUCGCUAUGGUGACCCCUUCAUUUUCGCCACAUUCCGCUCUCUGUGCUCAUGGCUGGCUGAGGAGACUUCCUGUCUUAAGGAGGAAGUGACUGGACUGUUGCCGUUCCUGAUCGGAUACUCCCGGAGCCACUUGCAGGGUGAGAGCCCCGAGCAGGGCCUCUCUGAUUGGAUGACCAAGAUGUCCGUCAGAGAGGAGAGAGAGACGUGGACGGGCAAAGAACCUUUGAGGUAUCUCCUCCCAGCUCUGUGCCACCUGUCGGCGGAGGAAGGUCCUAGGAAGGUGCUGCUCACCCUCGACACCCCGGCCCUGCUGGUGGACUUUCUGUCGCAGUGCUGGACUUCCCUCAAGGGGAAAAGCGGGGUGUCGUCAAGCAGGGAUCCCAGCAUGGAGACAGCCUGUUCAGCCCUUCUUAACUUCACCGUCACAGAGCCAGAGAGAGUCAGGAAGGACCCAUGUUUCAGAACGCUGGAGGCCCUUCUAAGUGAUGCACUUCCUGUUUUGGUGCAUAAACCCAGCCUGCUGGUCCUAGCAGCAAAUUACUGCACAUUGGGACUAAUGAUGGGCAGACUCAAAUCAGCUCCUGCAGGCUCAGUUGAAGCCAGCCAGAGGCGGUUCUUCUCCACGGCUCUCCGCUUCCUCCGCAGCGCCCUGGACUCUGGCCCCAGCCCCGGUCCGGUUAAGGUGAGCCCGAGCUGGGAGGAGAGUUGGGACGAGGUUGCGGAGCUCUGGAGGUUGGGUCUGCAGGCCCUGGGAGGCUGCGUCCGCGCUCAGCCCUGGAUCACCGCCCUGGUCAGAGAGGAAGGUUGGCUCAAACACACACUUGCCAUGCUGAGUCAGUGUAGUGCACUACCUGACCAAUACACGCAGGGGGCGCUAGAGGAGGCUCUGUGUGCCAUGGCAGACCAGUGCCCGGUCUGUAAACUGGAGAUCACAGACAUGAUGAGAAACGAAAAAGGAGCUUUGAGCUGUAUGAGGAACCUGAAGAAGUCAGUGGGAGUGAAGUGAAAACAAACUGCUGCCAGACAAUGUGGAGUAUUUUUUUACUUGCAGAGUGGAAAAUGGAGUAAUAAACGAGGGAUAUUACUGAAGCCAAACUUGUGUGUUUAUUAUUAUCACUCAGCCUGAUGGGAAUAAUGUGUCAACUGUCCUCUCAGACUUUCUAAAAUGGAAAAGAUGAAAGUCAACUGUGAAAUGUUAAUGCCAUCAAUAAAGAGCUGUU